AUGAGCGACGACGCCGGAGAUGUGAGCACCUUCAAUAAAAAAGUACAAAUUAAAGAAUAAACGGAUUUAGGAUGCGCAGCGCAAAGCUGAGGAGCGCGAGCGCAAGAAGGCCGAGGUCCGCAAGCGUCUCGAGGAAGCCGGCCAGAAGAAGAACUCCAAGAAGGGUUUCCUCACGCCCGAGCGUAAGAAGAAGCUCCGAGUUCGUUAUACUCUAGUGGAAUGUUUUCAUUUUGGAACUUUCAGAAGCUUCUUAUGGUGAAAGCCGCCGAAGACCUGAAGAGACAGCAACUCCUGAAGGAACAGGAAAGACAGAAGGUCCUUGCCGAGCGCACCAUUCCCCUUCCCAACGUCGACUCCAUCGACGACAAGGGUUUGACAUUAAUCCUAUUCUAUUUCAACUUUUUUUUACUCCUUCGAUGCAUAAAUUACUUGAUUUGAUAUUCCAGGUCAGCUUGAAAAGAUCUACAACGACCUCUUCAACCGCGUCUGCCAGCUGGAAGAAGAGAAGUACGAGAUCAACUCGGUUGUUUCUCGAACUGAAUCCGAGAUCAACUCCCUCACCAUCGAAGUCAACGACCUUCGAGGAAAAUUGUAAGCUUUUUAUUUAUUGUUCUUGACUAAAUAUCAAAUUUUCAGCGUCAAGCCUUCCUUGAAGAAGGUGUCGAAGUACGACAACAAAUUCAAGAAGAGCGGAGAAAGCAAGAGCGGCGACUUCCGUUCCAACCUCAAGAACGUCAAAAAGGACGUUAUGGAGUCCAUCACCAACGUUGUUAGUUCCGACAUACAUUAUGAGUUUUCUCAUUUCUCAAAUUUCAGAAGAAGAAGGACGACAAGCCCGACUGGAGCAAGAAGGGAGCCGCCAAGCAGGAGGAAGAGAAGGCCGCCCCAGUCAGCGAGCCUGAGCCAGUUGCUGCUCCGGAAGAAAAGGAAGAGGAAGCUCCGGCGGAGAACCCUGGUCAGUUAUAACCCAAACUAUUUGUUCCAUUUUUGUGAGAAAAUCAUUGUUCAAAAUAAUCAAGAUGAAUAUUCCAGAUGACGCCGAGGUCGAGGAAGAGGAGGAGGAGGAAGAGGAAGAGUAA